CCCCCCAAAUGCUCGUGGUGCUGGCGCCGCUCCAGCUUCGCCCGGCUCUGCGGUCGCGCGGACGGGAACCGAUUGGGGCCAAUUCAAGCCAUGCAGUUUGUAAGGAACGCAGGGUCGCGGCUUCUGCGGUCAUGGGCUUGGCCGCCGACGACCAGGGUCGUGGCCGGGGCGCCGGGUCCCGCCCUGCACACCGGCGCCCAGCAACUGCAAGACGCGGCGGCCAAGCCGGAAGUUGAACAGGCGGCGGCUCAGAAUCUGAGCCGGGGCAGCUUCAGCAUCUACCCUCCAGUCCCAGGACAGGAGAGCUCUCUGCAGUGGGCAGGAAAGAAAUUUGAGGAGAUCCCAAUCGCACACAUUAAAGCGUCCUACCACAACACACAGAUCCAGGUAGUCUCUGCCGCUCACGAGCCCCUUGCCCGUGCUUCCUGCGGCACGGAGGGGUUUCGGAACGCCAAGAAGGGCACCGGCGUCGCAGCGCAGACAGCUGGCAUCGCUGCCGCGGCGAAAGCCAUGGGGAAGGGCGUCACCCACGUCCGAGUUGUGGUGAAAGGCCUGGGGCCGGGGCGCUUGUCUGCUAUCAAAGGACUGACCAUGGGGGGCCUGGAGGUGAUCUCAAUCACAGACAACACCCCCAUCCCCCACAACGGCUGCCGCCCUCGGAAGGCGCGGAGGCUGUGACGGGAAGGAAGCCCACGCCUGAACCUGGCCUGCAGCGCACACUGCCGGCCUCUCCAAAGGCCGCUUGUCGGGGCCCUCCCGGCAGCAAGGUGCACCCACCCCGAAUGGGGUGGCCUUGCCUGUUCCUAUGACUAGAGGGCAGCGUGCCCAGAAGUGACACCGGCGAGCUCCAGGCGCAGCUGUGGCCCCAACUCCAGCCACUGGCGCUGCCUCUGCUCUGAAAAAUAAAAAUCUCUCUGCCAUU